CAAACAUAUCCUAUAUAUACAUACAUAUUCAUCCCACAAAAACCAAACCAAACCAAAAAACCAAACACAAACAUAAAAACACAAGACCAAUUUUCCUUUUCAAUUUAUGUCCCUAUCACCUUCAUUCAUGGCUUCUUCAACAAUCCCUCAUCACUUCUAUUCAAACUAUACUUCUGAUUUCACCACACAACAAGGGUUUUCUUCAUCAAUUAUGGACAAUACUAUGAUGUGGGGUUGUCAAGAAAAUAUAAUGCCUGUUUAUGAAAAUUAUGGAGCAUUUGAUCAAAUUGUGUCACUUGAUUGUGAUGCUUCAGCUUCUUGGAUUCCAAAUUUGGUUGAUCAACAAGAUUUCGCUGUUCCGGCUUUAUUAUCAGAUUGUAAAAUGGGAUUUUAUGGUGGAGGGUUUCAGAAUUUCAAUGGUAGAUAUAAUAAUAAUCAGCCACAUAUUAUUGGUCAUGAGUUUGUAGAAGAUCAAUGUUGUGGUUUGGUUGAAGAUGUUAAACCACCUACAACUUAUCCUAAUGUUGCAAGAGAAAAUUGGGGAAUUCAAGGUAAUCAACUAGCAGCAGUUGAAGAACCAAACAUAAAGGUAGGAAGGUACUCAGAAGAAGAAAGGAAAGAAAGAAUUCUUCGAUAUUUGAAGAAAAGAAAUCAAAGAAACUUCAACAAAACCAUCAAGUAUGCAUGUCGAAAAACUUUAGCUGAUAGAAGAGUAAGAGUGAGGGGAAGGUUUGCAAGAAACAAUGAGACAUGUGAAGAAGAUCACAUGGCCACAAAAAAGCUUGAGAAUCAUCAUGAUCACAUUAAUGAAGAUUUUUAUGGUGCUGAUUCAUUCCAGUUUCAGUUAAAGAAUGAGGAAGAGGACUGGCUUCAAGAGGCCAUGGCAAGUUUGGUCUAUUUAUCUCAUUCAUCACCAGAAGAUAUGUGAAUUAAUUAUAGCAUCAAAAUAUUUUCUACAUAUAUGAUUACUAUGUAGCUCUUGGAGCAUGGCUUCUCACAAGGUUUAAAUUAAGCUAGCUAGUGUGAAAGGUGAAUAGGAAGAGAAAGUUUGAUAGCUAGCUAGUUAUUUUCAAAUUAAGUGUAUUAUGCUAAUUAAUUUUUCUUUGAUAAUUAAUUACGUACGUAGAUGUAAACUCUAAUUGCAUGGCAAUGUUACCAUC